GUUAAAGGUGGUGUACGCAAUUGCUGGAAGCGUGUGUCUUUCCACACAUUGAACCUGAGGGUUGUAAUUCUCAUUAGUCUUCUCCCUUCUGCCCUGCUGCAGAGAGGGAAUAGCUGUCCGCUGAACGAGCCUUCAGCCAACAAAGACAUGGCCACCAAUGCCAGUCCCUUGCACCCAUACUGGCCUCGGCACCUGACACUGGACAACUUUGUGCCUAAUGACUGCCCUACUUGGCAUAUACUGGCUGGCCUCUUCUCUGCCUCUGGAGUCUUAGUUGUGACCACAUGGUUGUUGUCAGGACGUGCUGCUGUCAUCCCACUGGGAAGCUGGAGGCGACUGUCCCUUUGCUGGUUUGCAGUGUGUGGGUUUAUUCACUUAGUGAUUGAGGGCUGGUUCAGUCUCUACCACAAGGACCUGCUUGGAGAUCAAGCCUUCUUGUCCCAACUCUGGAAAGAAUAUGCCAAGGGAGACAGCCGAUACAUCCUGAAUGACAACUUCAUGAUAUGCAUGGAGACUAUGACAGCUUUCCUGUGGGGACCACUCAGUAUUUGGGUGGUGGUUGCCUUUCUCCGCCAGCAGCCUCUCCGUUUUGUCCUACAGCUCGUGGUCUCUGUGGGUCAGAUCUAUGGGGAUGUACUCUACUUCCUGACGGAGUACCGUGAUGGAUUCCAGCAUGGGGAUCUGGGCCACCCGCUUUACUUCUGGUUCUACUUUGUUUUCAUGAAUGCCCUGUGGCUGGUGCUGCCCGGAAUCCUUGUGUUUGAUUCUGUGAAGCAGCUCACCCGUGCCCAGAGCCUGCUGGAUGCCAAAGCCACAAAAACAAAGAGCAAGUAGAACUAAUGAGGGAUGGACUAGGCUUGACCACUGGCCGAUGACAAACAAUCCACCUGCCAGAAGAGUCCAAUUCUUGCUCCCACAGGUCAAAAGGACAAAGUGAAUUGAUCUGUCAAAUAGGCUGAUAGGCAGGCACCAAAAGGGCCAGAAAUGGGGAAGAAAGUGGCUGUGUGGAGCUACUGCCAGGAGCUGUUGGGACAAAAGUCCAAGAGAACCUAAGAGGUUUGCAGUGGUGGCAAUUUUUAAAACCAAGAAAUAAAAGUCCUUGACCCUAA